AUGUCAAUUACGCUAAAUUGGGGAAUCCUUGGUGCUGGUAACAUAUCCUCUCAAUUUGUUCAUGAUUUGUGCUUGAAUAAUGAAAAAGGAAACAAUGAAAUAAAACACAUAGUCAGGUCAAUUGGAUCUUCGUCAAAAGGAAAAGGCCAAUAUUUUAUUGAGUCAAAUUGUAUUAAAUCAAGCAAUAACGAAGAUGUUAUACCAGCUAUCCAAUCGUAUGACGAAUUUUUUGCUAAUGAUCAAGUUGAUGUUGUCUAUAUUGGUACCCCACACCCACUACAUAAAGAUCAAGUUAUACAAGCAUUAGAAAAUAACAAACAUGUUCUUUGUGAAAAGCCUUUCACCAUAAAUUCGGUAGAUGCUAAUGAAAUAAUCCAACUUGCAAAGAAAAAGAAGAGAUUCUUAAUGGAGGCUGUCUGGACAAGAUUUUUCCCAUCGAUUACGCUUUUGAAGGAAUACAUUUUUGAAGACAAAGUUCUUGGCAAGAUUAAUAGGUUAUUUGUUGACUUCGCAUAUGAUGCUGAUAUAGAGAAUUUACCAAUUUCCUCAAGGCUCAGAGAUAUCAAAUUAGGUGGUGGUUCAUUAUUAGACAUAGGUAUUUAUUCUAUAACUUACGCAAGAAUAUUGCUAGAUGAGAAUGUUGGAACUGAUGCAGCAAAUUUUGAAACGAAAUCAUUUCUUACAUUAGAUAAUGUCGAUAAAGUGGAUUACACCUCAUCUAUUCUAAUGAAGUAUGUAGAUGGGAAACAAGGGAUAUUGACAUGUUCAAAUUAUACUGAUGGAAAGGAACCAUUCUUAAGACUUGAGGGCUCAAUAGGAACCUUAGAAAUGUGGGCAGAAAAUCCAGCUUGUCCUAAGAAAUUCAAGAUUACAUUUAAAGACAACACUGAUCCUAUAGAGUAUGAGGACAAUAGCGGAUACAAUGGUUUUAUCUAUGAAGCUGAUGCGGUAGCUAAAGAUAUCGCUCAAAAAAAAUUAGAAAAUAAUACAAUGCCUUUAAGUGAAACUCUCCUAGUAAUGGAAAUCAUGGAUAAGGUCAGAGCAGAAAACGGCUUAAUUUAUCCUGAAGAUAAGUAG